AUGCGCAACUUCCUGCAACAGCGUCUCCAGAAGAACCGUGUGCAUCCACUCGUGCACAGUUGGGACUUCUACCAUGACCGACAGGACCGCACGACUUCUAAGAACCUGAGCAAUGCCAGCAUCAGACAUCAGGACGCGGAUGGCCAGGAAACCGAAAGCUACGAAGCCCGCCUUGAGCACUUGGCUGUUAUCCACGACGUAAGGCAGUUUUGGAACGUUUGGAACAACUUUCAGAUCGCCGAUUUGGCACUGAGAGACAGCGUGCACCUCUUCCACAAGGGCGUGAAGCCUGUGUGGGAAGAUCCACGGAACACAGAGGGUGGCAGCUGGACGUUCCGUGUCAGCAAAGACAAGGGACAGGCUUUCUGGACGGAGCUUGGCAUGCUGGCUAUUGGCGAGCAGCUGCAAGCUGCGGUCGACGAUGAUACAAGGACAACUUUUCGAGACGACAUCUGCGGCAUAAGUGUUGGCGUUAGGUUCAACAGCUUCCUUGUCCAGAUCUGGAACCGCGACGGCGAGCACGCAAAGGGGAUUGAGGGUUUGUUUCACGCUGUAGUGGAGAAUUUGAAGGAGGAGCUCAAGCCCAGGGAGGGCACUUACUAUUACAAAAAGCAUAGCGAGCAUGCAGGCUUUGCGGUGGCGCCAACAACCGGCCAACAGCUCAGCCAGCCAGCAUAUGCAGCUCAAGACGAGGAGGCAUUGCCAUGA